UGUUGUAGGUUGAAAUGGUGCUAUAAAGGGUAUUCAACUAUGAUGUUAAGUGUAAAGUUAGCUCCAGCUAUUAGCACAUGCUGUAGAGCACUUGCAGGACAUGCUCAUUGGCAAAAUGUUGCCAAAGUCAAGAAUGCAAAUGAUGCCAAGAAAUCUAAACUAUUAACUAUGUGGAUUCCCAAGAUUCGUACAGCAGCCAAGGUUGACUCCAAUAUUGAAAGAAACAGGGAGUUAAAGAGAUUGGUUGAAAGUGCUAAAAAGGAGGGAGUUUCCCAAGGAGUUAUCCAAAAAGCCAUCACAGCUUGGGAGAGUCAGGACUUCAAAGAACACCAAUUUGGCAUUCAAGGCCGCGAGGGUUUCACUGCUCUCAUUGACUGUGCUUCAACAUCAAUCAAAAAGACUGAAAACGAUAUUCAAACUCUCUUGCGAAGGCACAAUUUCAAAUAUGCUUCUGUCGCCUUCAUGUACAAUAAAAUAAAGGAUAUUGAGUGCCAACUUCCUGAAAAUAUCUCUGAGAAUGACAUCGAAGAGCUUGCUCUUCAAUGUGGCACUGAAGAGUUUUUUGUUGAUCAUGAAAACAACAAAAUAACAUUUAUUAUCGAUGCUGAGGAAGAAAGAGAAGUUACUAACGAAAUAAAAGAAUGUGACCUUGAUGUUAUUUCAACAUCUUCUCGUUAUGUUCCCAUUGAAUUGGCCUCCAUUUCUGAAUCGGACACUAAAAAGAGGAUAGCCAUGUUUAUGAAAAGUUUGGGAGAGUUGUCAGAGGUGGAAGAUGUCCACCAUAAUGUUGAAAAUAUGGAUGAGAUUAUGGCUGCAUCAUAACACAGUGUGUGUGCGAGUAAACUAGCCUUGCUGGGCUUUAGUUGGUUUUACAUCAUGUCAGUUGAUAUGUUAUGUUAUUAAUUAUGAAAAACGA